UGUUUAACGUUUUGAUAUUUCGUCAUUGUCGUUCGUUAUGUCCGGAGAUCAUAAAGCGGGAAUUAAAUAUCCUUCGGAGUACGUCAAGCUCAAUAUCGGCGGUUCCUUACACUAUACAACUUUAGGUACACUCCAAAAACAUGACACUAUGUUACGUGCUAUGUUUAGUGGCCGCAUGGAAAUUCUUACAGACCCUGAAGGAUGGAUAUUAAUUGAUAGAUGUGGAAAACAUUUUGGUACAAUUUUAAACUUCUUAAGAGACGGUUCAGUCCCUUUACCAGAAAGCACAAAAGAAAUGGCAGAGUUGCUUGCAGAAGCAAAGUAUUAUUGUAUUACCGAAUUAGCUGAAUCGUGUGAGCAAGCUCUUCAUCGAAAGGAAAGGGAAGCAGAACCUAUUUGUAGGGUUCCGCUUAUCACUUCCCAAAGAGAGGAGCAGUUGUUAAUUAGCAGUACUACUAAACCAGUAGUAAAGCUGCUCAUUAAUAGGCACAAUAACAAAUAUUCAUACACAAGUACAUCAGAUGACAAUCUGUUAAAAAACAUAGAAUUGUUCGACAAAAUGUCCCUUAGAUUCAGUGGUAGAGUAUUAUUUAUUAAAGAUGUGAUUGGAUCCAGUGAAAUUUGUUGUUGGACAUUUUAUGGCCAUGGUCGUAAAGUUGCAGAAGUUUGUUGCCACUCUAUUGUAUAUACAACUGAUAAGAAACACACGAAGGUUGAGUUUCCAGAGGCCAGAAUUUAUGAAGAGACAUUAAAUAUUUUAUUAUACGAACACCGAAAUGGUCCCGACCAAGAAUUAAUGCAAGCAACAUCGUCGCGUGGUGCAGUUAGCGGUGCACCACCUUGCACAUCAGAUGAAGAAGAGGGUGAGCGUUCAGGCUUGGCUCGCCUUCGCUCCAACAAACAAAACACCAACUGACCCAACCUUGCCCUUUUUACCCCUCCUAAUCCAGCGACCCUUAGCGUCGUUCGAGUCCUCGCCCUUAAGACGCGAGCCAAUGUAAAGUAAGAUGUAUGAAAGAGGAAACAUACGCAAAUUUCAUACGGAUGCAUAUAUAUACACAUAUUUAAUUUAUGUGCAUGUAUAUGUAUGUGCGUCACUUUCUCUCUAUCCUCUAUAUCUCGUGCAAAAAACUAAUGAACAACAUCGUUAAAAUUGGUUGUAUAAUGGACUACCACUAAGUUUCACAUCACAGUCUUAUAUUUUCGUGGUAUAUAUCUACAUAUCCUACUCGUUUCACAUAUCUCAAAUCAUUUACAGAUAUUUUGAUUUUGAACGGAAUGACAAAUUCGUCUUGGAUUUAUUUAUACUUAUACUAUAAGGUGUAUUAAUUAUAAAAGAAAAAAAAAAGCAAAUAGAUAAGGGUACGUUUUCUUAUUUCUUGUUUUCGCGUUCAGAAUUUGAGAAUAAGUACGGUUAAGAGAACAGAGAUGCGAGUACUAUUGAUGUGCCAAAUGUUUAUGUCAGAAGUAAAACAAAAAUAAGUCGAAGUUGCCAUUCUAUGACUGAUGGAAUUAUUUACUAUCUUAUACUCUUCAACAACUUUUAAGCAGUUAUUUAAAGUAACGAAUUGUAUAAAAAGCUUACACAACAUAGGACUGUAUUGUUACCUGUUAUAAGUAUUAUUAUUAUUAUUAUUAUUAUUAUUAUCAUUAUAAAUUGAACAUGUUUAUAUUACUUUUUUACAAAAAGAAUUUUUUAACUUAAAAAUGUUAUAUAACUGCUUAAAAGAUGAUCUGGAGUAAACACUGCCAGUAAAAUAACUACAACAGAGUAUAGAAAAAUUAUCAACCAAAUGCAAUUAAAAAAUGAAUUGAAACUAUAGUUGAAUCCUCAACCUUGUUUAAUUUUGAACAUUGGUCCUUUAUUAUGAGAACAACAUGGUAACUUUUAUAAGCAUGUAAGCUUUGUGUUAAUUUCUGAAUAUCAUUCCAAAAUGUGGUACAUUUCUUUUCAUAUUAAUACUUUUUACUUUACUUACAUACUUCAACUUAUAAAAACAAAUACAUUUAUAAUUCAAUGAACACCGCAAAUUAAUACAAUUUAUUGUUUUGAUAUGGUGCAAACUUCUAUAUUUAAUGAAGGGACCAUAUGUAUUCCAAUUUCAUACCUACAGUUAUUUUGCUGUGGGCAAGCUUUUAUACAAACAUUAUACUAUUAAUUAUUUGUUGAAUUGCUAAAUUAUCGAAUUAGAAAUAUUUAUUCUCCCGAAUACAAGACGAUAUUUGUGUGUAUACAAUUACAGCAAUAGGAAAAAACGUAAGAUUUAACGACAGAAGAGUUUAAGUUCCUAUAAUUUUAUGUACGGCAAAGAAUUGUAGGUAGUUAGUGUCGUUCAUAUUCCGUAUUUAUUAUAAACCGCUAUGAUUAAUAAAAUUAUGUAAUAUGUAAGUUAAGCUAAAUGCAAUAUAUCUUAUGUUAAUGAAAAUAUUAUUGCUGCUUGCAUUUUUCAACCUCACAGUAGAGCACAGUUUUAAUGGCCUCCUUUGUCAGGUAAAACCGACACGAGCUUUAACAUUUGUUCAAAUUAUAUAUGUUUUUAUAUAUAAAAUUAAUAGAAAUAGUCGUCAAAAAUAAACUGAAAAUUGUACUGAUUAUUUAUGUUUUCUUUCAGGAAACUAGUACGUCCCAUCAAAAUACGUAAGGUAGCCAUGGUCCACUUAUAAAAACGACGAAAUUUCUAAUCUAGCCACAUUGUACAAGCCAGCAACGUUUCUGUUUUACAGUUAUUCAAAAAUAUAUCAAAAGUUUUGUCUUGUA